CGGAGGAGGCGGCGGGGCAGCGCGGCGGCGGAGCGGGCCGCGGGCUCGGCGUGAGGCGGCGGCGGGGCCGGGGCCGGGGCCGGGAGGCGAGAGUCGCGGCCCCGCUGAACCCGCCCCGCGGCCCUGCGGGGAGCAGCAUGGCCGCCAGCCUGUGGAUGGGGGACACUGUUGAGCCUGGUUCAUGCAUGCCUGCUGGUUUUGAGUGGCAUCGACCCUCUUAAAUGAGUCUUCUUUUUGAAGUCUGGAGCCAUAUAUGGAUGAAAACUUUGUUUCAAGAGCCUUUGCCACCAUGGGAGAGCUUGUACUGAGUGUAAAAAUCAUUCGAAACAGGUUGACAGGAAUUCCAGCAGGCUAUUGCUUUGUAGAAUUUGCAGAUCUAGCUACUGCAGAGAAAUGUUUACACAAAAUCAAUGGGAAACCGCUUCCUGGUGCUACACCGGCGAAGCGAUUUAAAUUGAAUUAUGCAACAUAUGGAAAACAGCCUGAUAACAGUCCAGAAUAUUCACUUUUUGUGGGAGACCUGACUCCUGAUGUGGAUGAUGGCAUGUUAUAUGAAUUUUUUGUUAAAGUUUAUCCAUCAUGUAGAGGUGGAAAAGUUGUUUUGGACCAGGCAGGAGUAUCCAAAGGUUACGGGUUCGUGAAAUUCACGGAUGAACUGGAACAGAAAAGAGCACUGACAGAGUGUCAAGGAGCUGUGGGGUUGGGCUCUAAACCUGUACGCUUGAGUGUGGCUAUACCAAAAGCUAAUCGCGUGAAACCAAUGGAGUACAAUCAGAUGUACAACUAUAAUUAUAACCAAUAUUACCAACAAUAUCACAACUACUAUGCCCAGUGGGGCUAUGACCAGAACACAGGCAGUUACAGCUACAGCUAUCCCCAGUAUGGAUACACACAGAGCACAAUGCAGACAUAUGAAGAAGUUGGUGAGGAUGCAUUGGAAGAUCCGACACCUCAAUUAGACGUCCACGAAGCAAAUAAACAGUUUAUGGAACAGAGUGAAGAGCUCUACGAUGCCUUGAUGGACUGUCAUUGGCAGCCUUUGGACACUGUCUCGUCAGAGAUUCCAGCCGUGUUAUAGCCUCGUUGCUGAGGCACUGUGUCUGUGUGACAAGCCCGCCAGUGCGCUCCGGACUGUUAUGCUGCACCUGGAUCCUGCAGUAGUGAGGGGUGGCCCUGUCACCACCCAGGUCUGUUACUCGAAGUACAGGAGGACUGUGGCCUUUCCUGUACAGAAUGAGUAUCGUAGGAGCAUCAUGGUAACUUUUAUUCAUGGUGAAAGUUAGAACUGCAACAGUUUUAUUCCUUUUGUCUUGAAAUGAACUCUUAAUACUUAUUGGGAAUUGUAAUUUAUAAACUUUCAACGAGAUGGCACAGGGGAAAGACUCUACUCCAACGUACAAUAAAAAAGUUGGUCUUUUAAGUAAAAUUACCCUUUGCAUUUUGGUUCCUGCCCAUCUUUCUGUUUUGCUGCCCAUUUAACUGUCUUCAGUCAUUUGAUCCAACUCUCAUGAAUGUGUUAUUUUUAAAAAAUCAUUGUUGGAUACCGCUAAAAUGUCUCAAAAGCUUUCUAGUGACUGGGUAAGGUUGCUGUAACUUGAGCAUGGGAAAGAACCAUGUAGAUGAAAGCUUAUGUUAAGCUGUGAUCUUGAGCUAGCAAGUUUGUAGCUUGGUCUUCUUAAGCAAUCUACCCUGAAGAGCAUUUUGGAGAGUAAAGACAGAAAGGAGCGUUAUAAAACUACUACAGACCGAUGCCUUCUACUUGGUGAUCUUUCACACGUUUGGCCUGCUUCUCCACCUGUGUAUGAGGAAAUAAUGCCCCAUCAGUCAAGCAGUUUAAAACACUUUUACCGGCCACCUUCUUUCAAUGUUAUUUUGUGCACCAUGCCUUUUUUCUUUGUGGACACACCGUGAUGGUCUCAUUGAGAUGUUAAGAUUUCAUAGCGUCUUCCACUGUCCUGUCAGAGUGAAUAUGGUGAAGCUGAAGAUCUUGCAGCAAAAACGGGUCAGAGCAAGCCAAUCGAUAUAUUGUGCAACAAAUUGUUGCUAACCUGGAAAGCAGUUUUCUACUGGAUGUUGUAUAAGCUGGAUGGACAAGCAAUAUAUUUAAGCUAAUAUUAUGUUGCAUUAGAGGUGGAAGUGAAAAUAAUAGCACUUAUGUACAUGUUAUAAGCCCUUUUCAGGCUUUCGUGCCUUAAACUCUUUGAGAAAUAGGAACAGAUAAACUACCUGUAAUAAAUGUCUAUCCAAGAAAUAGUUUGGUAACUGAAAUUGCUACUGCAAAGCAUUUAGUUGCCUCCCUGCCCAUGUUGAUACCCAGAUUUGCCACAAAAUUUAAAUACUUUCAUAAAGCCUACUUCUGCUACACCUUUGUUUGUGUCCAUAAUUAUGAUAUAUUUGUCAGUCUGCGGUCUUUUUAUCAACUGCAAUGGUUAACGCACUGUGAAUAUGAGGGGAAUGGUGACAUAUCCUGGAGUUAGUGUAUUUUGGAACGACUGAAACUGGAGGACUACUGGACCCUUGCUUUCUCAUCUGCUGUGAUUUUUUUCCUCCUGCUGUGCAUUUGACUGUGCCGUGGGCUGCUAACAGUGUCCUAACCUUCAGUUACUCUGAAUUUAAGGAAAUGAAUGUCCCCUGCCUGUGCUGGUAGUGUUUCAGAGGCAGCAGAGAAGUGGAAGUGAGCAGAGUGCUUUUUUCCUUCUGAUGUAGCUGGUCAGCUCAGAUGAUGCCUCUCUUGAAAAGUGCCUGUUGAACAGAAUGGCGUUUCAGAGCUCCUGGCCAUUAUUGCAGCAUCUGAAGCACAGAGGAAACUUUUAUGUGGAGCUACAAAACAGCCGGUCACCUGGAUUUUGUAGGGUUUGUGUUUUGGAAUCCAAGUUAAACAGAGUGUGGGAUUUUGUUUCUCAUGGAUGGCUACAGGAAAAGCCCCGAUUAAUUACCAUUUAGUGUAACACAAGAUGAAAGACAAGGACUCCAUGUAGUAAGGGCUCAAGGGGAGGAAUCAGUCUUGGACUUUUCAGCCUGAUUUCUGAAGGCGGCUGUGGCUCCAGCAUCAGUACCUGCAGGAAUUUCAGCAGUCCAUACCAACCAGUUGGCAGGUGCUCUCACCUUAAAUCCUUUCCACUGAUUAUGGAUCAUGAGCCAGGAACUUGACAGAGUGUCCUGGCUUGGAGGGUGAGGCCAGCAGGUGGGCUGGCUGGUGACGGCCUCUGCUCGGAGCGGGGUUGCCUCGUGUUUCGGAGCUCGCUCGGCCGGACAGACCCCAGGAAUUGCUCAGUUAGUGGAAAAGGCUGAGAGCUUCUGAGCCCUUGUCCGUGGUGAAGGGAUUCAGUUUGCUUCCCUUAAAGCCCGAAUCGUGGGGAAGCUGUGACGUGGAGCACGUCUAAGAGUGUGGAGCUGAGCCGAGCCAGUCCCUGAGGGUCUCGGUGAUGCGGUGCAAGACUUCAGUCUCUUCCAGCCCUCUCCCCCAGGAGCAGGACCUCUGUGGAGCCAGAUCCUGGCUCCCUCCCGAGCCGUGAGCUCCCCCAGGUGGGAGCAGACGCUCCUCAGGGAGAGGGAACUUCUUUGGCUCCAGGUGCUGCCCAAGCUCCCAUUUUAAACACUCUGCGUGGAAGAACUGUCCCUUCUGUGGAGUUUUCUCAGGAGAAGAGCUUGGGGAAGGGGUCUGGAUGUAAAACGUUUUGAGGGUGAAUAAAUGCAAUCGCUUGAAA